AGGCUUGGUAUUGUUGCCGUGAGUAAUGCUUUGCCACAAGACAUUACAUGUUUGGCGGCAGAUCGCAUGUUGAUAUUUGCUUCAUACGACAAUAUUCUCCAUGCUUUCGCCAGGAACAAAGAGGUGGUUCAUUCCUAUGAAGGUCACAAGGCAAGGAUACACCUUCUGCAGCCUUUUGGUGAUCAUGUCAUCUCUGUGGAUGUUGAUAAUGUUCUUAUUGUUUGGAAUAUACAGUCAGAAGAGGAGUAUCUUCAGGUGGAUUUUGAUAAGGCUACUUUUGCAGUUUCUGCAAUUCUGCAUCCCAGCACCUAUUUGAAUAAAAUUCUCCUUGGGAGUGAACAAGGGAGCUUGCAGCUAUGGAAUAUAAGAUCCAACAAGCUCUUAUACUCAUUUCCAGGAUGGAAAUUAGCAGUCACAACUCUUGAACAAGCUCCAGCAGUGGAUGUUGUUGCAGUCGGUCUUGUAUCUGGACAUAUCAUUGUACAUAAUAUUAAGUUUGAUGAAACUCUGAUGAAAUUUCAACAAGACUGGGGUCCCAUCACAGCAAUAUCUUUUCGUACAGAUGGACACCCAGUAAUGGCUGCUGGUAGCCCAAUUGGACACAUUGCUUUAUGGGACCUAGAAGAGAAGAAACUAAUGUGUCAGAUGCAAGAUGCCCAUUCCACAGCAAUAGCUGGUAUGUCAUUUGUCCCUGGAGAGCCACUUCUUAUUACUAAUGGUGCUGAUAACGCUAUACGGGUGUGGAUUUUUGAUGGGCCUGGUGGUACAGGACGUGUAUUGAGAAGCCGAAUGGGACACAGUGCACCACCAACAAAAAUCAGAUACUAUGGGCAAAAUGGAGAACAAAUUCUUAGUGCAGGGCAAGAUGGAACACUGCAGUCUUUUUCAACAGUGCAUGAAAAAUUCAAUAAAAGUUUAGGACGUGGUUCAAUUAACAAAAAGAAAUCAAAAAAGAAAGGUCUUAAGCUUGAUACGAUGGCACUUCCACCAAUUACAGUCUUUGCUUCAGAAGUGGCACAUCAGAGUGACUGGGAUAAUAUUGUUGCCUGCCAUCAAGGGUAUAUAACCUGUACAACCUGGAACUAUCAGAAAACUUCAAUGGGAGCUCAUAAACUGAGGCCAGAAGAAUUUAGCAAACACAAACCUAUUGAUAUAUAUGCAACAGCAGUUGACAUUACCUCAUGUGGGAACUUUGCUCUAAUUGGGCUGUCAACUGGACGGGUAGAUGUGUAUAACAUGCAGUCUGGCAUUCACAGAGGGUGUUACGGCAAAGAAACAGCACAUGAGGGGGCCAUUAGAGGGGUGGCAGUGGAUGGAUUAAACCAGCUGGUAAUCACAGCUGGUAGUGAAGGAUUAAUUAAAUUUUGGAAAUUCAAAACUAAAGAUCUAGUUUAUUCCACUGAGCUUUCUUCUUCUCCAAGUGGAAUUCUGCUUCACAGAGACAGUGGUAUUCUGGGAAUAACCUUUGAUGACUUCAGUAUUAGUGUUCUGGAUAUAGAAACCAGGAAGAUUGUCAGGACGUUCUCAGGACACCACGGACGGAUUAAUGACAUGACUUUCAGUCCUGAUGGUCGUUGGCUAAUAACUUCAUCCAUGGACUGUACCAUUAAGACUUGGGACCUUCCUUCUGGAUGCCUCAUAGAUUGUUUUUUGGUAGAUUCGGCAGCUGUGAGCCUUACUAUGUCUCCUACAGGAGAUUUUCUAGCUUCAGCACAUGUGGAUGAUCUCGGAAUUCAUUUGUGGUCCAAUCGUUCUCUGUAUUCACUUGUCUCUUUACGGCCACUGCCGGCAGAUUAUGAACCUUCUCUGGUGACACGUCCUAGCACCUGCCCUGUGCAAGAUGUGGAUGUGGCAGAAGAUGAAGAAACAUGUGAUGAAAUGAUAGAAUAUGUCUCACCUGAGCAAUUGGGAGAGCAGCUGGUGACCCUUUCCUCAUUACCGGAAUCAAGGUGGAAGAAUCUCCUCAAUCUUGAUGUUAUCAAGAAAAAAAAUAAACCGAGAGAGCCACCAAAAGUUCCCAAGUCGGCCCCUUUCUUCAUCCCAACAGUUCCUGGUCUUAUACCCAGAUACAUUGCUCCAGAGGAAGAAAAUGAUACACAGUCAAAGGUAGUAAACCUUGGAGUACUGGCACAGAAAUCUGAUUUCUACAUUCAUCUUGAAGAAGCCCUGAGCACUAAUGAAUAUACAGCUCCACUUAACUUACUGAAAAGCUUGGGACCAUCUAAUAUUGAGAUAGAACUAAGGAGUUUGGCCCCUGAAGGUGGUGGCUCAGUGGAGGUGAUGCUAAGCUUUUUGAGAAUGAUUGGGAUGAUGCUGAACAAGAAGUACAACUUUGAACUUGCUCAGGCAUACCUUGCACUAUUUUUAAAGUUACAUCUUAAGAUUCUCUCAUCAGAGCCAAACCUAUUGGAAGAAGUAUCCAGAUUGUCAACACAACUUGAGGAAACUUGGAUUCAUCUGCGGACUCUCUUCAAUCAGAGUCUGUGUGUGUUAACAUAUAUGAAAAGUGCUUUGCUGUAAAAUACCUAAGGGUUUUGUCUGCAUAAAAUUCCCCUCAGAAUAAUAGUACAAUUUAUUACCAAAAAAUACUGGAUUCCAAGAAUUAUACUGGGACUUCUGAUGCUGUAUUUUAUACAUCUGUGUAUGGCAAAGUAUUUUAGAACA